AUGAGCGGCAUCGAGGUUGUUGGCUUGGUCCUUGGGGCCUUUCCAUUGCUGAUAUCAGCGUUUGAGCAUUACCGAGACAUCGCGCAGGUUGUCGGCUUGAUCCGCAACUGGGAAGUCGAGAACCAAAAGAUCCUCAACGACGUCAAAGACGAACAGCUUACAUUCCGCCAGAAUCUGGUGAUCCUGUUGUGGCCCUUGCUCAGCCAUGAAGUGGUGAUCGAAAGUGAUCUCGAAGCUCUACUAGCGGAUCCGGGUGGCCCAAGUUGGAGGGAAGCGGACGUUGAGCAUGCGCUCGAAGAACGACUGAGCGCCGCAUUUGAGCGUUACUUCUCUAUUAUGCAGGAGCUCCAGUCGUCCCUUGCAAAGAUCUUACAGUCACUCAAUUUUGAAAGACCAAAGUUCCAGGCCAAAAUUCAAGCGCUCGAGGUAUGUCGGUAUCCCGAACGAAAACUCGUGCUGACGUGCCAUCGACAUAGGCAUCCGUUCCAGGCAAAUCCAUGCCGCUGAAAUCCAGGUUUUUGAUCGCAGCAAACGAACAGUGCCUCAAGCGACUCAAGCAAGUCAAGUUUGGGCUUGGUCGAGCGGGAAGAGAAGAAGCUCUCGCAGAGAUUCGGCAGAAGAACGCAAAGUUGGAGGGACUUAUACGCCGGAGCGACAAGGUAACUAAGCUGCAGUGCAGUGCCACCAUUGCCGUGUCACGCAGAGCGAGCAAGCCUCUUCUCCAGUACUGGCACCACGCGGGACGUAUACACGCGCUGGUGCAGGCUUCCUGGAUCUGCUCAUGUAAACAGAAACAUUGCGCAUACUUAUGGCUGCAUCAUCCUGUGGCCCAAGCCAAUGAACUGAAGCUGCUCAUGCUUUGGGAGCCGCAACACUCCUCGCCGUCUGAUCACGCAUUCUGGAAACCACGAGACCUGGAAAUCACCUGGGUUCAUGGAGGAUUGUUUGGGCCUGAAAGCAUGAGCGCAACGCCCGUGCAAAAGUUUAUUGGACCACCCAAACCUGAGAAUAUCCGGAGCGGUUGUUCGCAGAAGCUUGCGAAGAGAGUUAAGUGAGUCCACAAAUUGGAACCUUGGUUCAUUGUCGAAUGUACUGAUCGACUCCAGGAUCUCAAAACCAGUUGAGCCCGACGCUCCGCUGAAGACCACCGCAUCGUCAACCAGCGCUUCAUCUGGACCAGACGUGGUCUCAUCGUCCAGCAAAGAUGGUCAAAUCAAGGAUCUAUGUAAAGCUAUGAGAAGCUGUGGCAUGAGUCCGGUCCAACUGGGUGCCCUUGUAGGUUCUUCCGAUGACGCUCAAUAUCUCGUUUGCGCAAAGCCAGAUGCGACGGUGUCUGCCGGCGAUGUCUCACUGGAAGACAUCUUGCGCGACUGCAAGUGUCAAACGAUCAAGAGGAAAUCUGACCGCUUCAAGAUCGCUCUUGCAGUUGCAUCUGCCCAUCUCCAGUUGGCCUCUACUUCUUGGUCCAGGCGACAGUGGGAAGCAAAGGACAUUUUCUUCCCACAAGACCGUCAGAACCCAGACAAGAUCAGUCUCGACAAACCAUAUGUUUCAACCGACUUCAACGACGCCCCCUCAAGUCUUCGGGCUCGAUCCAGGCAAACAGACCACAGCUUCGAGUGUCUUGGCAUUAUCUUGCUGGAGCUCCUCUUCGGGAAGACUUUGGAAGCACAUGAACUGUGGCAGAAGCUGGGACUCGAGGGCAGGAAGACAGACUCGCUGACACGAUCGAUGGUCGCAUCAAGAUGGGCAGACGACGAGGCGGAAGGCGAAGCCGGACCUGAGUUUGCGUCCGCUAUCCAAUGGUGUCUUCGCGAAUCGCCAACGACGCUGAAUGGCAAUGAGUGGAGGAAAGACCUGGCCGACCGGGUAGUAAUGCCGUUACAGCGCUGCUGGGACUGGAUAAAACCUAGAACGAGUUGA